UUAGCUACUCCUCUAGAUGAUUAGAAAAAUAUCACAAUCCCUUAUAGCUUGUUAUAGAUUGUGCUUAAUUAAUUAAACAAGGUGCAUGUUGGUGGAGGAAGUGAUCUAAUCUCAAGUUUUAGAUUAGGUACUAAUUAUUUCUCAUAAUCCCAACUUCAUUAAGGUUCAAGAAAAUGGCCUCUUUCGGCGGCGGCGGCGGCCAAUCCACAGCCAAAAUCCUAUUCAUCAUCACUAUUAACAUGGCUUUCCUAAUCUUGUCAAGCACCUCACAAUCAGAUUCGAGUAGUUACUUGGAUGAUACGGGGAGAGUAGACCCUUUGGAUGGUUUCAAGAAAUACAGAGGAGGCUACGAUAUAACGGACAAAAACUACUGGAGCUCGACCGCAUUCACAGGCAUAUAUGGAUACAGCAUUGCAGUUGUGUGGCUUCUAUGCGGUGUUGCAUAUGGAGGAUUUCUUCUUGUAAGAAGCUGUUGUUUCAAAGGGAGAAAACUCAAGAAAAAGAGAGCACUUUGUCACAAAAAUUGCUAUGUCCUACCUAUCCUCUUAUCAAUUGUUUUUACCCUUCUUGCCAUACUGGGGAUUGGACUAGUUCUUGGAGGGAAUGCCAAGUUCCAUUCGAGGGCGAAGACUGUGAUAGACAUCAUAAUCGACACAGCGGACGACGCCUCGGACACAAUCUACAACACGACCGGGGCCAUGAGGGAGAUGAGCGUAACCUUAGAAUCCGUCAAUGCGGAUCCUGAGACGACGCGCUUCCUCACCUCAACGUCCCAGAGGCUCGAUGUCCAGGCCGAUGAUAUCGCUAGACAAGCCUCCAAGAACCGGCGCCUCAUCGAAAAGGGCCUCAAGAUUGUUUAUAUAAUAACAACGGUAACAAUUUCAUUGACUUUGGUUGCUGUGAUUUCUCUUCUAGCAUUAGGCAUCCUGAAAUUUCAGAAGAUUGUUCAAAUGAUUAUUGCAAUAUGCUGGAUAUUGACUGUCCUAAGCUGGUUGUUCUUUGGAAUCUAUUUCUUCCUAGAAAACUUCUCCGAAGACACGUGUACCGCGCUCGAAAGCUUCCAGAAGGAUCCAUACAACAACAGCCUGAGCUCCAUCCUACCCUGUGACGAGCUGCUCUCUGCAAAAUCGGUCUUGGACGAUGUGAGCGCAGGAAUCUACGACUUGGUGAACGAGGUGAACAACAACAUAUCGACAUCAUUUGGAAACAUCGUGCAGAUCUGCAACCCUUUUUCUCCGCCACCUCUGCACGAAUACCAGCCGUGGAGCUGUCCCUCUGGAUCCAUCCAAAUAGGCGAAAUCCCUCGGGUGCUGCGGAUGCUGGUGUGUCCCGACUCGGAGGGGCAGGUGUGCAACGGAGGGAUCCUGGUCCCUGCAGCCGAGUACAACACCAUUCAAGCCUACACCUCCUCGAUACAGAAGCUUCUAGACGUCUACCCCAGCAUGGAAGCACUAGUCGAGUGCCAAACUGUGGAGGAUGCCUUCGCUGAGAUACUCGGAAAAGAGUGUGGGCCUCUCAAGAGGCAUGCUAAAAUGGUGUGGGCUUCGCUGCUCUUCCUCUCGUUAACCAUGGUUGCGUUAGUCCUCAUUUCGGUUGUCGGAGCACAACAUCGACGGACACAACAUUCUUUCAGUGCUUCUGUGAAACCAGACUCGGUUUUUAUCACACCUGAUGUGCUGGAAUCUGGAGCAGCUCAGACCAGAGACAGAAUAUAGUAGACGGUAUCGGUUUUUGUACAGGUAGACACAUAUUAUACAGAGAAUCGGCCUAGUUUAGGUGAUCCAAUACAACACACGCCGUAGAAUUAUACCAAUACGAUAUAGAGCCAACGGGGGUAAACCCCUGGCUCCCUUUUGUAUUACAAAUGCUUAGGCCAAAAAAAUAUUUUUGCCAAGCAACAUAGCAGCACUACAGAAACACUUCAGAAUAUAAAAAUCAACUCUUUAUGUAAAA